AUGGCAACGGCAAGACCGACAGAGACACCCAAGAUUCUAGAGGCACCAGAAGUGUUCUCAGCAGGGGCGGUGGACUCAGACUCGGGAGCAGGAGCAGCAGGGGCGGCAGAAGACUCGGGAGUAGUGGCACCAGGAGCAGCAGGGGCACCAGGAGCAGCGGCAGCAGCAGACUCCUCAGGGGUGGCAGGAGCAGCGGGAGCAGCAGGGGUACCAGGAGCGGCAGGGGCAGCAGACUCCUCAGGGGUGGCGGGAGCAGCAGGGGCACCAGGAGCGGCAGGGGCAGCAGACUCCUCAGGGGUAGCAGGAGCAGCAGGAGAAGCAGGGGUGGCAGCAGGGGCACCAGGAGCGGCAGGGGCAGCAGACUCCUCAGGAGUAGCAGGAGCAGCAGGGGCACCGGGAGCAGCAGACUUCUCAGGAGCAGGAGCAGCAGUAGGACCAGCGGUGGCAGCGGCCUCAGAGCAAGGAACGGUGAUGGUUACCUCCUCAGUGACAGUGCUGAAGUAA